CCUUCAGAGUGACCUAAUUCAAAAUAUCAAUUGGAAUUAUCGGCCUGAGAAUUGCAUACUGUUAAGCUCAUACGAGAUCCGAUCACUUUUUGGGGCCGAUUGAAUUGCGCGGGGCAGGAUGGGCGACGCAGCCCAGGAUCUCGACGCCAAAGGUGGUGCUCUUGAUACGGCCAAGGAUUUGUUUGCUGGAGCUGCUGGAGGAAUCGCGCAGGUUUUGAUAGGCCAACCCUUCGACAUAGUCAAAGUCCGCCUCCAAACAAGCACAGCAUAUACAUCCGCCCUCGACGCCGCAACCACAAUCUACGCCAAAGAAGGACCCCUAGCAUUCUACAAAGGCACCCUAACGCCCCUCCUAGGGAUAGGCGCGUGCGUAUCAAUCCAAUUCGGCGCCUUCGGUUUCGCACGGCGGUAUUUCGAAAACGCAAACCUGUCCUCUUCCUCCCGGAGCAAGGACCUAUCCUAUGGCCAAUACUACGCAGCAGGCGCCUUCGCCGGCGUCGCGAACUCCGUGAUCUCAGGACCGAUCGAGCACGUGCGUAUCCGUCUACAAGCACAACCCCACGGUGCCAAUCGUUUGUACACGGGCCCCCUAGACUGCGUGCGAAAACUUGGCGCCGCACAUAACGGAAGUAUACUCCGCGGCCUCUACCGCGGGGAAGCCGUAACCAUAAUCCGCGAAGCGACCGCCUACGGCGCAUGGUUCCUCGCUUUCGAGUAUCUCAUGAACGCCGAUGUAUCACGUAACAAGCUCCGUUCCCGCGCCGAGGUCCCCGCGUACAAAGUAGCGUUAUACGGUGGACUCGCGGGUGAAGCGUUAUGGUUAGCUAGUUACCCGUUUGAUGUUGUGAAGAGUAAGAUGCAGACGGAUGGUUUCGGGGCGCAGACUAAAUAUAAAAGCAUGCGGGAUUGCUUUGGACAGGUCUGGAGGGCGGAGGGUGCUAGGGGCUUUUGGAAGGGUAUUGGUCCGACGCUUUUGAGGGCUAUGCCGGUUAGUGCGGGGACGUUUGCUGUUGUUGAGGCUACGAUGCGUGCUAUUAGUUAAGGGGAAAAGUGAAGGGUUUAUGGAUGAGGGUGGGAAAGUAAAUACGAAUGGGUGAUGAUAUACGGAAGAUAUAAAGGCGUUGUUGGGUUUCAACCAAAGAUGCUUGAGAUCAAAUAGGGGGAC